AUGGCAUCUGUGAUAGGAGCAACUUUAGCGAUUAUCUUGGCUCUGCUAGUUUCAGUGUGUGAAGCAGGAGAGUACUGCUACACCGGCAGCCUCUACACAAACUACUGCUUGUAUGGAUGUUGUGGCAUUGGCAACACUGAAUGCUGUUCUAGCUCGAUUGGCCUGAUUGUUGGGUUGUGUGUCGGUGGCGCUGUCUUUCUGUUUUUUAUAAUCCUCACACUUUGCAUGUGCCGAAGACGCCAUUAUGGAGGAUUUAUCUACCGAAGCCAACCAGCAGUUGUUGUUCAGCAAGGUAAUGUGACCACUCAACAGGGAGUUGUCGGCACAGCAGGAGUACAGCCUGGCAUUGUCUACCCUCCUUACCAACAGUACCCAUACCAUGGUGCUGCCUAUCCAGCAGGACCCACUGCACCACCUCCUUACCCUGCUGCAGCGUACCAGCCAGGGUACCCACCCCAACCGUAUUCUGCAGAGCCUCCCAAAUAUGAAACUCUCAAUUAUGGAGCUGAUGGUGGAAUAACCAACAGAGGAUUUGAGGACAAAAAUUAG